AUGUGGUCUGAUACCAUCUCCAUCAAGCAAAAGCUUAUCAGUGCAGAGAUAACCCCCCGCCUUGCUCAAGCUCUUGUUGCUUUCAAUUCAUUUAUUAAGGUGCAAGGCAGAUUACCCACUGUAAUCUGCCUACAACUGAUAUGGUGUUCCAUUAUGUUCAUGAGAUGUGUAAUGAUAAUUCCCGUUAGCUCACUCCUGAAAGACAUCUUUUCCCCUCUCCAAGUGUCUUGCUUUUCUUCCUUCUACACAUUUUCCCGUUGUUUUCUCUUCUAUAUAUUUGAAUUCAUAGCGGGAGUUCUGCAGCUUAUUCACUGCAAAGUCUAA